AUGUCAGCCACCGGUAAACAUCAACACGCUAGUUCUAAAGAUAAUGAUCAAACAACAACUAUCGAACAAAUAUAUUCAACAUUUGCCCGACAUCUAUACGAGAAUGAUUCAGUUAAAAUAUGUACCGCGUAUUUGAAACAAUCAAAUAUUACAAAUGCUGAACGUGUUUUAUUUGUAACAAAAUUUUUAGAAGAAUUUAAAUUAUUUACAAAAUUAUCUAAUGUUGAAAAGAGUAAUGAAUUAUCAGCACAAUAUCGUGAAAAUGGUAAUUUAGCAUUUAAAAAGAAACAAUAUAAUGAGGCGUUAGAAUUUUAUAAUAAAAGUAUUGCUUAUGCUGAAAUUACAAAGUGUACGGAAAAUUUAGCAUUUGGUUAUGGAAAUCGUUCAGCUGUUUUAUUUGAAUUGAAUUUUCUGAAUGAGUGUUUAAUGGAUAUAAAUCGUGCCUUAACAUACGAUUUCCCUUCAGCAAAGAAAGAUAAAUUAAUUACUCGUCAAAAUAAUGCAAAAUCAUUACUUGCUCACGACAAAAAAGCACAACGAGUCUAUAAUUUUUAUUCCGAUUUAGCCGAGACAAUUGAGAAUCGUAAUGAUAUCAUAAAAUGCGCAACAAGUAAAAUAAAAAUCGAACAUAAUCAAAAAAUGGGACGUCAUGUAAUUGCUGUAGAUCAAAUUCAACCUGGUGAACUAAUUGCAAUUGAACGCCCUUAUAUAGCAGUAUUAUUACGAUCAGCCAACUAUAAAAAUUGCGCUUAUUGUUGCCAUUAUACAUUAAAUCCAAUUCCAUGUGUGCAAUGUCCAUUUGUGCUUUUUUGCGAUGAUAAAUGUCAAAAAUUAGGCUAUGAAUCAUUUCAUCGAUAUGAAUGUCAAUUAUUAAACAGUAUUUAUAAAUUAAAUAUACCAAAAAUGGCGUUAUUAGCAUUACGGAUAGCGCUAGUUGCGAGAAAUGAAUAUAGAAAUAUUGCGGAAAUGAAUGAAACGAAUCCAUCGUUAAUUGGUCUUGUUCCGGAUUCAACGAAUAAGGAUAAAAUGAUUUUAGACACAAAUUAUACGGGAAUCCAUUAUUUAAUUGCAAACACGGAACAUUUCCCGAUUAAUGAAUUAUUACAUAAAACCGUGAUUGCAUCGAUUUUACUGAAUUUAUUAAAACAAACCGAUUUUUUUGAUGAAGAUCAAAGUAUGGUUGAAAUUGCUGCUGAAUUGUUAUUACGGCAUUUACAAACAGCACCAUCAAAUUUUCAUCAAAUUACAGCGACCAAAGUAUUGGGGGAAGAAAUGUCGGAAAAUAUAAGUUUUGCUGAAGGUGCAUUUCCAUUUUUGAGUAUGUUGAAUCAUUCUUGCGCACCAAAUGUGUUUCGUAUCAGUUAUGGUACUGUGGAAGUUUUGCGAGCGUUACGAUUAAUUAAUGCUGGUGAACAACUUUUUGAUAAUUAUGGAUACCAUCAUGCCUUAUUAAAGAAAAUCGAACGGAAAUUAGAAUUAAAAGAUCAAUAUUUUUUCGAUUGUCAGUGUGAAGCAUGUGAAAAUGAUUGGCCCACAUGGAGUGAGCUACAAGCAAAACGUCGUAAUUUACCACAAGUUGAAUUUCUUGAAAAAUUAACACCACAAAUAUUACGACGAAAUACGAUUGAACCAAAAAAACAUUUACCACAAAUGAUAAAAGUAUUAAUGGAAUUAGAAAAAUAUGCACCAUGCUCUGAACUAUGUGAGCUACAAGAAGCAUUUAAAGAGAUACAUUUUUUGGAUGGGAAUAUUUUUGAUAUUUUAAAACCUGUUUAAAAAAGAAAUUUAUUUUGGGAAAAGAUUGUUAAGUUUUCGAAAGAUUUUUAU